AACUAAGACUGCUUCUUAUGUGUUCAUGAUGUAUCUGGAAUCUUAAGUAGUAUGAUAGAGACGCCAGACUCAUAUCCAAUUUUUUUCUCGUUAGUGACACAACAAAACCAUACUAGGGCCUGAGUGGGGAAGGCAUAACCUAGUUCUUCGUUUACUGACAAGUAUAGCGAACUUAUAUGUUUGUGUUAAUGUUUUUAUAAUUUGAGAUGAUGAUUGACUAAAUAUGUAAAGGUUGUAGUGAUAGUGAUUUGUGUACCACUAACAUAAUAUUUUCGCAUGUAAUUUAUAUACAUGACCCCGAGUGUUUUAGUACUACUGCCUAUGUUAAUUGACACUUUAGUUGAUUCGAUUUGCGUAGCUCAUAAAUUCGCUAUAUCCUUUUUUUGGUUGAAAAAAUCGUUCAUGUGCUAAGGAGGCCGUCGUACAUAAAUGCUUGAAAUAAAGUUUGCUUAUCAAUCAUGCACCCACCACGUACCAUGUAUCCAACCUCCGUCCAAUUCUCACUUCUUUUCACGUGUCACGUUUCGGGCACAACCAGUCCCAAAAUAUCUUACACCGACCAGAAAACUUUAUUUAUGUAAUCACAGAACCAGAACCCAUGUUCAUGGGCGUGAACUCACAAGAUAAUGUUUUAAAUUCGAAGAUUCACUUCGUAUCUUCUCCAACUAGAUAACAAUAUGCGUUUUAAAAAUAUUUUAGACAUGAAAUCUACCAAUAAAGUAUGCUUAUAAUUGUCAAUUAAUUUUAAUUACUGGCUUACUAGACAUAUAUACACACGUUCAUCAUCAUCACCAUAAUAGUAAAGAUUGUUUUGUAUAAAAAGCCACUGUUUCUGCUCUCAAGUCUUGAUCAAUUAGAAGCGGCUUUCAAGAAGAAAAAAAAUAUGCACUAUCAAGAACAGAUGGAGUCUCUUGUGUUGGGUGAAGAACGCAGACGUGGAAACUGCGUUAGGGACGCAGAUGAAGGUUUUAACUCUCCGUCUUCUUUUCCUAACUCUCCUGACGAUUCGGACCGUCGCAGUUCAUCUUCUUUAAGGAGAGGGUUGUCAAAACAUUACAAAGGUAAAUCUCAGUCAUUCACGUCCUUGUCGGAAGCUCUGACAGUUGAGGAUCUCGCAAAACCCGAGAAUCCUUUCAACGUGAAACUGAAGCAGCGACGGGGGAACAUUCACUGUCGACGGCUCUCCGGAUGUGGAGGUGCAUCGGAGCAAAACUUAGGCGUGCACGACGCCUUCCACUCCGGAAACGGUAGACCGCCGCGACUUUCCGGUAACAGAGCGCCUCUGAGAGCCCAGACGCUCUCGGCUGCUCAUAUAUCGGCAUUGCUCACUCGCACCUAAACCGGAAAGUUUUUAGCUUUUCCUUUCUCUGAACCGGAACCGGGUUUCGUCUGGGACGAUGUUUUCCUAGCUUCCGUCUUCUUAAUCGUGUGAAUGUAAAAAGUUAUAAAGUAUGUAACUCCUUUAAUCGUUUUGUAAAUUACAGUUAAUUAAAUUAACUCAAGCCUACACUUGCACCGUACAAGAUAAACAAGAGAUUCUCAAAUUAUUAUGUAGACCACGUGGUAACUCGCUAGCGAUGUGUGCAGGAUGAAAUAGAUUAAAUGUUUUUUUAUUAUACUAGGAGUCUAAGAGAUCAUUGUAAGAAUGUUAAAUUUGUAAUUCGGAUUUCAGUUUA